GUGGAAAGUUUGUGUAUGAGCUGUGGAGAACAGGGCGUAACACGCAUGCUCCUUACAUCCAUUCCAUACUUCCGAGAAGUCAUUGUCAUGUCCUUUCGAUGCGAGCACUGCGGGAACCAGAACAACGAAAUUCAGUCCGCGAGUACUAUAAGGGAACGGGGAACCGUCUACACUGUCAAGGUACUGAAUCAAGGCGACCUUGACCGCCAGCUAGUCAAGGCCGAGACGGCGACCGUGAUGAUCCCUGAAUUUGACCUCACCAUUCCGCCCCACCGUGGACAACUUACAACAAUAGAGGGAAUUCUACGGGACACGAUGCAAGACUUGGGCGGUGAUCAACCGCUACGUCGCAUCCAAGAUCCUCCAACGUAUGAGAAGAUCGAAAGUCUCUUGCAGCGGCUGAAGGAAGUCGUCCCAGACGAUGAUGAUGAGGCUGCGCCUACAAUGAAGGAGCGCAAAGCGGAAGAUCCCAUCAAGCCUUUCACUGUGAUACUAGAUGACCCGGCUGGGAGCUCUUUUUUGGAAUUUAAAGAUUCCAUGGCUGAUCCAAAAUGGACCUUGAGGGAAUAUGCUCGCACUUCAGAGCAAAACAUUUCUUUGGGUCUCAUUAAACCGGAGAAUGCGGAACAGGAAAGGCUUACACAAAAGGAAGGCCCACCGAACCCAGAUGAUGAAGACGAAUUGCCUGCUGAGGAAGUCUUCGUUUUCCCUGGCAUAUGCUCGUCUUGCGGUCACCAAGUCGACACACGCAUGAAGAAAGUCAAUAUUCCUUACUUCAAAGAUAUCAUCAUAAUGUCUACGAAUUGUGACAUAUGCGGAUACCGAGAUAACGAGGUCAAGUCAGGUGGCGCAAUAUCUGAUAAAGGAAGGCGGAUUACACUGAAAGUGGAGGAUGCAGAAGAUCUCAGCAGGGACAUUCUCAAGAGCGAAACAUGUGGCUUGCAAAUACCGGAGAUCGAUUUGGUACUCCAUGCGGGUACAUUGGGUGGCCGUUUCACCACUGUUGAGGGCAUUCUGACUCAAGUUUACGACGAGCUGAACGAGAAGGUUUUCCGUGGAGACUCCGUCGGUGCAGCGGACAGCAGCGACAAUAGAGAGUUCGAAAUUUUCUUAGGACGUCUCAAAGAAGUUAUGACUGCUGCUCAGCCAUUCACAUUGAUCCUUGACGACCCACUAGCCAAUUCGUACCUGCAAAACCUCUAUGCGCCAGACCCUGAUCCGAACAUGGAAGUCAUAACAUAUGAUCGCACUUUCGAACAGAACGAAGAUCUGGGCCUCAACGAUAUGAAAGUGGAGGGUUAUGAACCGCCGCCCCGAACAGACUGACGAUGCGCUAUUCUGGGGGAGAAGAACUAAGCACAUAUUACGUGAUAUCGAGGUUGGAGUGUGUGGCUGUCAUGUCCUUGUAGAAUAGAUGCCCGCUUUCUGAGAUCUAAUGAUAGAGAAUGUGC